GUUAAGCCACUCCUUAUAGACAUAUAAAUCCUGACCUACUUUGCAUUUAUAUUCAUUUUGUUGUGCAAAAAUGGAGACAGCUUUUACAGACAAGGAUACUUACCAAGACAUAUUUGAUCCACAUGCAUAUUGUAAUAUCUACUACGGCCCCAAAUCAGGACUUUUAGUAGUUGAUGGAUUUCUGGAUUUUGCACUGAAGAAACUUUGUGAUGCUUUCACUGUGCGAGGUGUGAAGGGAAAAACUCUAAUUGACAUUGGACAUGGACCUACCAUUUAUCAGGACCUCUCAGCUUGUGAAGCUUUUGAAGAGAUCAUUGGAGCAGACUACACAGAUCGCAAUAGAGAGUACUAUGAACGAAGCCUUAGAAAUGAGCCUGGAACAUUUGACUGGACAGGAGCUAUACAGAAAGUCUGUGACCUGGAAGGAAAAGGAAUGACGGUGGAAGAGAAAAGGAAGAAGUUGCAAAAUACAGUGAAGAAGACCAUAAAGUGUGAUGUUUUGAAAAGCAAGCCAAUGGAACCGCUAGUUCUGCCGAAGGUUGACUGUGUAAUAACUCUUGGGUGUUUGGAAUGUGCAUGCAGUGACCUUGAUACCUAUAGCAGAGUGCUUAAAAAUGUUGCAUCUUUGAUAAAAAUAGGAGGGCAUCUGAUUGUAACUGAAAUUCUAAACUGUAGCUCUUACUUACUUGGAGGUAAGAGGUUCUCCUGUUUGGUGUUGACUGAGGAGUUUAUGAGAAGAGCUAUUGUUGAGGCAGGCUUUGCCAUUGUGGAUUUGGAAGUCAUACCCAGAAAGUAUGAUAAAGAGCAAUAUGAGCUCUGUAACCAUGACUCCAGCUUGUUCGUGCUUGCACGAAAAGAGCGAGAUGUUUAGAAGAAACUUGAUAAAAUAUAGAAACAUCAUCACUGCUCACUUAUCUAUUACUACACUAUAGCUACUUAUUUUAAAUAAAAUAUAACA